AUGACGCAAUUAAAACAGAAGCAUCCUGAGCCACAACCAGCAAAGCUCGGAUCGGUAUUAUUUGGCCCGCUCAAUAACGAGAUACCCGAAUCUAUUUACUCACAGAUCAAUGGUGAGAUGGCUAGACAAGCCGCUUUGAGAACAAAGGGAUCUGGAGGCCCGCGUCUGGUGUCGAUGCUAACGGCUUUAGAACAAUGUUGGCAU